UGCCCAACGCGCCGCGACGUCUCUCCUCAGCGUAUGUGAGUGGGAUCUGCGGUGCGCGGAGUUACGUGGCUCCCCCCUCGCGCACUGGACGCUCGCCUCUCGCGCAGGGUUUGGCGUGGAGCUCGUGCAGGACUGGCUGUGCUCAGCGCCACUUCCGGCUUCCGUCAUUUCAUUCUCCCGCCGAUGCGCGCAGCUCAACUCACUGUGUUCUAUAAGCGAGCGAGCGGCCGACCUGCCAACACUCACUGACACUCACUCAUCUCAGACCGCGCGAGAGAUCGCCGCCGCCGCCGCGUUUUUACAAACUCUCUUCUCUUUUCCUUUUUUUACAGUAGUAAUAAAACAAGAAAGCGGACCGGAGGCAUAAAGGAGGCAGGGACUUGUGGGAUGAAAACGGGGCUAAAAAGAUUCAUCCUCUCUUGAACAUCAUCACCAACCAUCAUUCAUUCAUUACCUUGACAACCCCUGGCUUUGAUUGACAGCUGGAGUGGCAAAAAGCCAUGAGACACGACAGUUUAGUUACAUGCAGGUUGUUGAUGGGCCGGCUGUAACCUUCAGUUUGGCGCUUGACUUUUUUUUCCCCCUUUCUUUUCUGGGGGGCAAAGAGGAAAAGAAGAAUAAUUGCAAAACUCUUCCUGAUGCCUGCGCUCGUUCUCGGCCGUACUGGAGAAUAGGAGAAUUCGGAAAGUUGCUCGAAAAAGGGAUCUUUCGCCGCGCAUGAGUUUGUGAGCGGACUGGGAAAUUAAAUCGACGACACAGAUCCAGAGGUUUAUUGGAGCGCAGGCUGAUGGCGCAAAGGUACGAUGAGUUGGCUCAUUACGGCGGCAUGGACGGGGUCGGUAUGUACGGGGAUCCUCACGCGCCUCGGCCGCUCCCGCAGGUCCAUCAUCUGAAUCACGGACCGCCGCUCCACGCCAGCCAGCACUACGGCACACAUGCCCCCCAUCCCAAUGUCAUGCCCACCAGCAUGGGCUCAGCUGUCAACGACGUGUUAAAGAGGGAUAAAGAUCAAAUUUACGGUCAUCCUCUGUUUCCUCUGCUGGCUCUGGUCUUUGAGAAGUGUGAGCUGGCCACAUGCACUCCCCGCGAGCCCGGGGUGGCGGGAGGAGACGUGUGCUCCUCCGACUCCUUCAACGAGGACAUCGCUGUCUUCGCCAAACAGGUCCGCGCAGAAAAACCUUUAUUUUCUUCAAAUCCAGAAUUGGAUAAUUUGAUGAUACAAGCCAUACAAGUAUUACGGUUUCAUCUUUUGGAGUUAGAAAAGGUGCACGAACUCUGCGACAAUUUCUGCCAUCGGUACAUCAGUUGUUUGAAAGGAAAAAUGCCAAUAGAUUUAGUGAUUGACGAACGGGAUGGCAGCUCAAAAUCAGACCACGAGGAACUCUCGGGAUCUUCAACUAACUUAGCCGAUCAUAAUCCAGCGUCCUGGAGAGAUCACGACGACGCCACGUCCACACACUCGGCCGGCACACCGGGACCCUCCAGCGGAGGACACGCGUCGCAGAGCGGAGACAACAGCAGCGAACAAGGAGAUGGUUUAGACAACAGCGUGGCCUCACCCGGCACGGGCGACGAUGACGAUCCAGACAAGGACAAAAAGCGUCAGAAAAAGCGGGGCAUCUUCCCCAAAGUCGCCACUAACAUCAUGCGGGCAUGGCUCUUCCAGCAUCUCACACACCCGUAUCCUUCAGAAGAACAGAAAAAGCAGCUCGCUCAAGACACGGGCCUCACCAUCUUACAAGUAAACAACUGGUUCAUUAAUGCCAGAAGAAGAAUAGUGCAGCCCAUGAUUGACCAGUCAAAUCGAGCAGGUUUUCUUCUUGAUCCUUCAGUGAGCCAGGGAGCAGCGUACAGUCCGGAGGGGCAGCCAAUGGGCAGCUUCGUGCUGGACGGACAGCAACACAUGGGCAUCCGGCCGGCAGGUCGGCGAGGCGUGCCGGGGGAGUUCGUACCUCAGCGUGGUCCUGUGGGCAUGAGCAUGGCAUCACCGACCCACCCCCCUCCACCGAAAGCCCCUCGUCUCUUGCGUUUGUCACACCGAGCUCCUCGUCACCCUCCAUCCCGUGCGGCCAUGCUAAUGCACGGAGACCCCUCCUCGAGCAGGAACGACCACGACUCCUCUGACCCCCCCUGACCACAGCGCUGCUGGACCGGCGUGGGCGUCCGCGGCCGACGACCGAAGGGAACCGACCAAUACCAUCACGGAUGAACUGGACAAUAACCCCACGAAAGAUUUUUGAAGGAAAAGAGAGAACGCAGUGAAGCGACCGACAGCAGAAUUAGAAGCUUCACGUGGAAUUCCAGACGAGCUGUGAUUGUUUUUUAUCUUGUGAAUUUUGUUACUUUUGUUGCUGGAGGACCAAGAGCUGACAAAAACGCUUUGUAAAGUCUUGGGUGUCUGUUCAAAUCAACAGAGGAUGUUUCAGCUUAUUAAAAAUACACACACACACACACACACACACACACACACACACAUUCACACACAACAUGAUAAAGAGAGAAAAAAAAAAGACAAAAGAGACUCCAAGAGUUCAAACUACUGUAGUAUAAAAGCAUAGAAACUAAAUUAAAUCUUGUACAUUUUUAUCACUCACUUUAUGUUUCAUGAGCUAGUCCUAGAGUAAAUCGUUGCCCUGUUUUUCACACUGUGUGUGCUGAUCCCCGAAGCAGAGAAGCUCCGAUCGCAGCAAUAACGGGAGAAAAAGCGUCUCGGCCUAAACGCUACUGCGGCGGCCGGUGAAUCCGCCCCGUCACGGACCACAGUACCCGGUAAUGACGACGACGACGACGAUUCCUCCUCCAUCAGAGUUUCUGCCGAUUGAAGCCCGCUCUCUUCAAGAGACCCCUCCUCUUUUUUCGUCAUGCAUUUUCCCUUUUUGGUCCAUGAAUGAAUGUUGCCCUGUAGGUGAAGUUCUUCGUUUGAAUUGCCCAAGCACUGGAUUGUGUUGCUUUUAUACGUUUUUAUUUUAUUAUUAUUAUUAAUAUUAUUAUUAUUAUUAUUAUUAAUUUUGUAUCUCGGACUCUCAGAGCAAGAGCCUUAUGAAGGACGUGUAUCCUCGAGAAAAAACAAAACAACAUCCUGCAGCAGUUUAACGCCUGGGGAUCAAUAUAUCUGCCGUACGGACGAUACCGAUGCGUGGAUUCUCUGAAUUCUUUGGCACAUAUACAGUAGAGAAGCGAUCGACGGUCGACGCGGUGAAAAACUUUAAAAGGAUGAAAAAAAAAAGAAAAGAAAAAAGAACUUAAAUUAUGAACUCAAAGCUCGGUGAGAAGCUGAGAGAAUAUUGUAAGAAACUUCGUACAGAGUUCAGUCUAUUAAUUGUUUCAUGUUAGAUAUUCUAUGUGUUUACCUCAAUUGAAGACGAAUGUUUUUGCUAGUUUCAGAUCUGCUGUGGCAUUGAUAUUGUAUGUCCAUGAUUCCCCCUUCCUUUCUCAGCACGUGCUCCUCACUAGAAGAUGAAAUACUGUCUCCCUUGAGCUUUGUCAGAAAUACAUUCAAUACUUGUAUGAGGACUGUGGCGUAAUGUUUCAAAGGUGUUCAGUCACAAAUGCUGUAAUAAAUAUUUCAUUUUUGA